AUGACACUUCGAUGCCACAUCCUGGUUGUUCUGGCUGCUCUUGACAUCCCCAUGCUCCUCUGGUCACAUGGAGCCCCAGUCUCCCCCAAGGGUGCUAGCCUGAUGCUGUGCCAGGCACUCAGGAGAUGUGGGGAUAAGCUCUACGACCCCCUGCAGCACUGUUGCUAUGACGAUGCCCUCGUGCCCUUGAUCAGGACCCAGAGGUGUGGGAACUGCACCUUCAGUGUCUGCUUUGAGCAGUGCUGUCCCUGGUCAUUCAGACCGCAGGAGGCCUUCGUGGUGAAGGGGAAAGGCCAGAUGUGCUCUUCAGUCCAGUCCUUGGAUGACAGAGUUUGUCGAAGUGUCAGCUGA